AUGUGCUCCACUCCGCCUGUGUUUAUCGGCGCUGAGGAGGUGGAGAAGCACCUGCACCGUGCCAGCCUCCUGGUUCCGGCGCUGGAGGCUGCCCUGGCCAAUUUCUCGGCCGGCGCGGCGGGAGGCGUUGUGCAACCCGUGCGCACCGUGGUGCCGGUGCCUCGGCACGGCGGGUACCUAGGAGUCAUGCCUGCCUACAGCGCUGUAGAUGAUGCUCUGACAACCAAAUUGGUGACCUUUUAUGAACACAAGAAGGAUUCCUCUGUCCCUUCUCAUCAAGCGACCGUCCUCUUAUUUGACCCCAGAAAUGGCUCUUUAAAAGCUCUCCUAGAUGGCAGUGUCAUUACAGCAAAGCGAACUGCUGCAGUUUCUGCAAUUGCCACCAAGUUGUUAAUGCCAGCUUCUGCUGAAGUGCUGUGCAUUUUGGGAGCUGGUGUUCAAGCAUAUAGCCAUUAUGAUAUCUUCACAGAGCUGUUCACAUUUAAAGAGGUCAGGAUAUGGAAUCGCACCAAAGAGAAAGCAGUGAAGUUUGCUAAUUCAGUGACAGGUCCAGUGCAGGUCUGCUCCUCUGCUCAGGAGGCAGUUACUGGGGCUGAUGUGAUUAUAACAGUCACCAUGGCAACAACUCCAAUUUUGUUUGGAGCCUGGGUAAAAGCAGGUGCCCACAUCAAUGCUGUUGGAGCAAGCAGACCAGACUGGAGGGAACUGGAUGAUGAACUGAUGAAGAAUUCUGUUCUGAUUGUGGAUUCCAGAGAAGCUGCCCUUACAGAAUCAGGAGAUGUGAUAUUAUCAGAGGCUGAGAUUUUUGCUGAGCUGGGAGAAAUAGUGAAGGGUACAAAACCAGCCCUGCCUGAGAAAACAACAGUGUUUAAAUCACUGGGGAUGGCAAUUGAAGAUGCAGUAGCAGCAAAAUUUGUUUAUGAGUCCUGGUCAGCUGGUAACUGAAGAGAGAAGUCUACAGUGCCAACGAGGCCAAGAAAAUUGUUUGCACUUAGUUCCCUUGGAUAUUUUGUUGACCAGAAAGGCACCAAUCCUGUCUGAAUGUAGCCCUUCUAAUACAUUCAAAAAUGAAAAUUAAACUAUCAUCUAAUUAGACUAAUUUCUGUAGCUUUCUUAUGGCAAGUGUUAAAUGCCUGCAGUAUUACUCAUGAAUAUAUCUCAUGUGAUGGCAAGUAUUAGAUGUUUGCAGUGAUACUAAAAGGGUAUUUUUAUGUAUUUUGGUAUAAUUCUGGAAUGAAUGCCUUUCCUUCCUAAUUAUUGAUGUAGCAGAAGUCUGUGGGUAGAUUUCAUGGUUAUAGAGAGGUGGAUCAUACUGGAGUAAAAUACAUCAGUUUGGAGAAUAGUCACUGGCAUUGUAUUUAGCUGCAUUUACUUUAAAUGCAUCUCUGGGUUUCAGAGGUUCAUUGAUGGUCUCUUCUGGAAACACAGCCCACCUCUGACUCUUGGUCAGCUCUUCCCUUCCAACUCAGACUGGAAUCUGGAUGUCACCGUCCUUAUUUUCACCCUCCACAAUCGCCCUGUCCUGCCCUGCCCUCAGACUCAAUGUUUUAAUUUAAGACCACGCUCCAGAGUGGAGUUGAUAUAAAUAAUGAUGCCUCCACACAACCACAUUUCUGUCUGGCUUUGUAAAAGGCCUGGCUCAGAAAGAAGUGGAGUGCAAAACCUCAGAGCUAAUACUAUGUGCGUUUUAACUGGGAGGAAAUGAUACUCAAUACCUCUCAGUAUAUUUCUGGGUGGGAUAUUGACACUUUCAUGUUGCAAGGAGUUAUGCAAAAUG